CUUCCAAGCUCGAUCGAUCACUAUAUACGCCGCUAUAGGUGCUGCUGGUAUAUAGCAGCUUCUUGAUCUCAUCAUCUCCUCCUAUCUAGGACGAAGCAGCAGCAAGCAAGCAAAGCAACGACGUACAAUGGCGGAUGCGGCGGAGGGUCGACGGGUGUGCGGCAUGCCGGAGAAGGCGCAGCUCCAUGUGGCGAUGCUGGCGCUGCAGUUCGGGUACGCGGGGUUCCAUGUGGUGUCGCGGCUGGCGCUCAACAUGGGCAUCAGCAAGCUCGUCUUCCCCGUGUACCGCAACAUCAUCGCGCUCUGCCUCCUCGUGCCCUUCGCCUACUUCCUCGAGAAGAAGGACAGGCCGCGGCUGACGCUCAGCUUCGCGGUCCAGUUCUUCCUGCUCGCGCUGUGCGGCAUCACCGCGAACCAAGGGUUCUACCUCCUGGGCCUCGACAACACGUCCCCCACCUUCGCCUCCGCCAUCCAGAACUCGGUGCCGGCCAUCACCUUCGCCAUGGCCGCCGCGCUGCGCAUCGAGAAGGUCCGGCUGGACCGCCGCGACGGCGUGGCCAAGGUGGCGGGCACGCUGGCGUGCGUGGCGGGGGCCUCCGUCAUCACGCUGUACAAGGGCCCCACCAUCUUCGGGGGGCCCGAGGCCGCCUUGGGGCUGCUGGAUGAUAAGGCGGCGGCGCCCAAUGAUGUGAAGAACUGGACGCUGGGGUGCGUGUACCUGAUCGGGCACUGCCUGUCGUGGUCGGGCUGGCUGGUGCUGCAGGCCCCCGUGCUGAAGAAGUACCCGGCGAGGCUGUCGGUCACCUCCUACACCUGCUUCUUCGGCGUCAUCCAGUUCCUCAUCAUCGCCGCCUUCAUGGAGAGGGACGCCGACGCAUGGAAGUUCCACUCAGGAUCCGAGCUCUUCACCAUCCUAUACGCAGGGUUCAUCGCUUCUGGCGUGGCGUUCGCCGUGCAGAUCUGGUGCAUCGACCGCGGGGGCCCGGUGUUCGUGGCCGUGUACCAGCCCGUGCAGACGCUGGUGGUGGCCAUCAUGGCCUCCCUCACCCUCGGCGAGAAGUUCUACCUCGGAGGCAUCAUCGGCGCCGUGCUCAUCAUCGCCGGCCUCUACCUCGUGCUCUGGGGCAAGAGCCAGGAGAGGGCGCGCCUCGCCAGGGACAGGGACGCCGCCGUCAUGCCGCCGCCAGCUGACGCCGCCGGCAGCAUCAUCCGGAGCGCCAAGCUGCCGUCCAGCACGACGCAGCCGCUCCUGCUGCCAUGCUCCACCGCCGAAAACGUCUGAUAUGAUGCAAUGCUAGCUAUCGACCCAGCAUGCACCAGCAGUAUUUCUAUUAAUUAAUUAGUGGUUUUCUUUCUCAUCUUAUUGAUCCAUUCCACGCAUGCAUGCAUAUUAAUUAAGAGAUUUGGUGUGGCGAGCGAGCUGAGCAGACGAUGUAUGUAUGUAUGUAUGCAGCACUAGUAGCUAGCUAGGAUUAUUAAUUGUUUGGAGAACAUGCAUGCAUAUAUAUAUAUAUAUGUAUAUGCAUGGUCGGUGUGUAAGUCAAUAUAAUAUAUAUAUUGAUUGGUGUGUUCUUGAACCGCCACGCUGCAUUUGCACAUUA